CAAUCUUUGUCUUAGGUCAGCUGACCCAGGAAUGCACAAGUUACCAAACAUUGUAAUAGGUAGCUCAUGACGAGACAGUGACAGAAAGACGCAUGCCCAAAUAACCACAAUAACUUUACUUAAUUUUGUAUGCAGUCACCAGGAUACAUCUAUGAAUGGAUCCUACUCCUACGGCACCGGUAGCAUUGCAAAACGAUUGCGAGACAGAGUCGAGUUCUAUUUGGAGCUGGUGGCCUUCGUGGCGUCCAACGUCCAUGUCUCUAUUGAAGGCUACAGAGAGCAAGAUUCUUAGUUGUAUUCAAAAUAAUCUAUGGGCCAGGUUUGUGACCCUUCCAACUCAAGAUCGAAUAUGGACUCUGACCCUGACAAACAAAGUGGUUCCAAAGCCUGUAGAGCAAGAUUCCAAAAUGCCGCUGGUGAUGGUCCAUGGCUUUGGAGGAGGGGUAGGCCUAUGGAUUCGGAAUCUGGAUGCACUGUGCCGGUCACGGCCUGUUUAUGCCUUCGACCUCCUUGGCUUUGGCAGGAGCUCCAGGCCGUCUUUCCCUUCUGAUGCUUCCAAAGCAGAAGAGCAAUUUGUCAACUCCAUAGAGCAGUGGAGAGAAUCUGUUGGUGUGGAGAACAUGAUUCUGUUGGGCCACAGCUUGGGCGGGUACCUGGCUACAUCCUAUGCCAUCCAAUACCCUUCAAGAGUGUCUCAUCUUAUCCUGGUUGAUCCAUGGGGUUUCCCUGAGAGACCGCAGAUCCAGGAGAACCAAAGUCAGGCCACAGAAUUGGUCAAAAGGCCAUCCCCACCUAACUGGGUGAAAGCUAUUCUUUCCGUAGUUUCCCUCUUCAAUCCUCUGGCUGUCAUCAGAGCAGCAGGUCCAUGGGGUCCAGGAUUGGUGAACCGAUUUCGUCCUGAUUUCAAAAGAAAAUUUGAAGAUCUGUUUGAUGAUGACACCAUGACACAGUAUAUCUACCACUGUAACGCACAGCCGCCGAGCGGCGAGGUGGGUUUCCGGGCCAUGGCUGAGUCUUUGGGUUGGGCAAAGAGACCCAUGCUGCAGCGAGUCCAUCUGUUACCCAACUCCAUGCCGCUUACCAUACUCUAUGGCGCCCAAUCGUGGGUUGAUAGUUCCUCUGGGGACAAAGUGGUCCAGGUUAGGAGUCCUGCUCACACCAAAGUGCUGCUGAUAAAUGAUGCCUCUCACCACGUUUAUGCCGACCAACCGGAGAAGUUCAACAAAGUGGUCGAAAAUAUAUGCAACUCUGUUAACUGAAUAGAGCUUGUGUGUAGUAAUAUUGAAUGUGUACUGUGUACUGUAUGCUGUGUAUAUAUAAAGCCAACUUCAGAGGGUUUCUGUAUCUUAUAUAAGUAGGAAUGUUGUUUUGUCCUGUCCUUGUGUCAUUGAUUUCAUCAUAAUAUAAAAAGUCUGUUUCUAUAGUAAUGUCUUUUUAUCUAUUACCAUCUUCUCUAUUGAAAUAUAAACAUAUUUUGGUUCUCAGUGUGAAUGAAUAAGCAACCAAUUAUUUGUUUAGCAUUCGCUAGAUUUAAGCAGCAUUUGACUUGGGUGGUUUAUUACAGCUAUGUUUAGCAUUUCGACCAUGUAAAAAGCAUAUCCUUGUUUUUCUUUUUUUUUUCAUUUGAUCUCUUGUUUGAUUUCACUCAUGACUGGAUUUUCUACUUUGAAAACAAUAAAUGGUUUUAGUCCUUUGAGGUACUGUAUGUGCGAAGAAUAUUCAUGAAAAACCAACAAGGGUUUAUGCAUAAUCCACAAUCAUAAUAUAGACUAAGAACUAUAUUUUUGUGAAUAAUCUAGUAAAUUUGUGCAAAAUUCACUUGCUUGUAUGCUUUUGUGUUAUGUAUUGCCGUCUAAAUUAUUUAAUCCACACCAGCUAUGAGAAAUUUCAAAUUAUUAAUGAUUGUUUUGAUACCAGAACGUGUUUUCAGUGACCCACUUGAGAAUUUGGCCAAUUUCAUCUUCUACCACUAGGUGACAGUGGCAUGUUUCCUUUUUGUAAGAAUGAUAGGACCGGUGACUCGGGGAGGAAAAAUAAUCACGUCACCUUAUAUGGACUAUGCAUACUUGUAUAACAAUAACCGUAAUUAAAUACUUUACAGAUUGAGAUGUAACAAAU